AGAGGGAGGAACUCCACACUCAUAUAAGAAGCCAGUGGAUGGGCUGACUGUGCUGAGUACACACUGGCCCUGGACUGUACUGCUGACCCAGAAUGGCACAGAACGGAACACCAGAGAACGGAGUGGCUGAAGGGAUCCCAGCUUUGUCUUUGCCUCAGCCGGUCACAGUCCAGGAGAUCAGGCACGUCAAGAUUUUUAUCAACAAUGAGUGGCUCUCAUCCAGCAGUGGAAAGACGUUUCCAACUUUCAAUCCAGCGACAGGUGUCAAAAUCUGUGAUGUGGAAGAAGCAGACAAAACAGACGUGGACAAGGCGGUGGAGGCAGCCAAGGCGGCCAAGCACAGGAGCUCUCCGUGGCGGAGAAUGGACGCGUCCAGCCGGGGAAGGCUGCUGCACAAACUGGCCGACCUGAUGGAGAGGGACCGGCUGCUGCUGGCGACCCUGGAAACUCUGGACACAGGAAAGCCCUUCUUGCAGUCCUUCUUCAUUGACCUGGAGGGCAGUAUCAAAACUCUUCGUUACUUUGCAGGAUGGGCCGACAAGAUCCAUGGCAAGAGUCUGCCUGUAGAUGAAAGCUUUUUGUGUUUAACCAAACAUGAGCCUGUUGGCGUGUGUGGAGCCAUUAUUCCAUGGAACUUUCCUCUGCUGAUGUUCAUGUGGAAGAUGGCACCAGCCCUGAGCUGUGGAAACACUGUGGUCAUCAAGCCAGCAGAGCAGACCCCCCUCACGGCCCUCCACGUUGGAUCGCUCAUCAAAGAGGUGGGUUUCCCUCCUGGAGUUGUGAACAUCGUUCCAGGGUUUGGUCCCACAGCAGGAGCAGCCAUCGCCAGCCACAUGGACAUCGACAAAGUGGCCUUCACUGGCUCUACAGAGGUUGGCCAGCUGAUCAAAGAAGCGUCUGCCAAAAGUAAUCUGAAGAGAGUGACUCUGGAGCUGGGAGGGAAGAACCCCUGCCUUGUGUUUGCUGACUGUGACUUGCAGCUGGCUGUGGAGGAAACCCAGAAAGGAGCUUUUUAUAACCAGGGUCAGUGCUGCACAGCUGCAUCACGUGUCUUUGUGCAGGAAAGUAUAUAUGAGGAAUUUGUGCGUCGCAGCAUAGAAAACGGCAAAAACAUUGUCAUAGGAGACCCACUGGACCCCCAGACAUCACACGGGCCACAGAUUGACCGAAAGCAGUUUGACAAGAUUAUGGAUCUGAUAAAGAGUGGGAAGGAGGAGGGAGCCCGGCUGGAGUAUGGAGGAGCAUCAUUGGGCGAGAAAAGCCUCUUCAUUCAACCCACCAUCUUCUCUGAAGUCAAAGACCACAUGCGCAUCGCCAAGGAAGAGAUCUUUGGUCCAGUGCUGUGUAUAUUCCGCUUCAAAAGCCAGCAAGAGGCCAUAGAGAGAGCAAACAGCUCUCAAUAUGGCCUGGUGUCAGCAGUCUUCACAGCGAGUAUGGACAGAGCUCUGUCUGUGUCUGCAGCCCUGGAGACUGGCACCGUCUGGAUAAACUGCUAUAACGCCCUUCAUGCCCAGACUCCCUUCGGAGGGUAUAAGAUGUCAGGCAACGGACGAGAGCUUGGAGAGUAUGCUCUGGCUGAGUACUCGGAGGUGAAAGCAGUGACCAUCAAACUGAGUGAAACCCUGUGAGAAGAACACUCCACCUCCUGAUGUUGAGUUUAGGGUUAGGCCAAUAUAUCAGUUAGUCUAAACAUUAUAUCAGAGCCCAGAAAGAGUCAGUUUUUGCUCACCUUUUUUAGUAGAUGCUGUAUGUGAGGAUAGGCUUUUACUCUACAGCUUCAGCAUUGUCAGUAUACAAAGACAAUGAAAAAAAUACAAAAUCACUGAUACGAUCAUUUGACAAAAAAAGGAUCCACUUAUUAGGACAUUUCAGAGCUUUCAGCCCGAGCUGGUGGCCUUCAUCAGUGGAAGGUGUUGGAAAGUGAACGUGGUUUAGUUGUCAUCACAUGACCUACUUGUUGUAUGUGUGGGGACAUGGCAACAUUCAUCUCUGUUCAAAGAUGGUCUCUGAAGUCAGAUGUGAAUGUCCUCCUUGGUCAUCCACUGAUUCCUGCUCCAUGACCUUUGACCUCCUCACAGUGGAUGCUGUGAGAGGUUUUGUUCAGGUAUUCAGACAGCUGAAGUUUUGUGUUCCUGUACACUCAGUGUCUUGUGCAGGGGACCUUGCUCUGUCUCUGAUGUAGUGUUCCUGUCCUAGUAGAGAAGAUCCAUUCCUUAGGCCUACCUGCUUUCAGGGAGGGGGGCUGCUGCACCCCCUCUUUUUUACAUUCUUACUGGUUUACGUUUCCUGGCUCUGUAUUAAGUGACUUAGAUGCUUGAUCUUUAAACAAAGACAUGGGUGACUAUCUUCUUUUCAUAUACACAACUAAUUAUGAUCAAGUGACCGCAAUUCCAUAUGAGAUGACAACUGAAGAAACUUCAUCCGCUGAUGAAGCCAAUGAGAUGUGGCUGAAAGCUCUGAAAAGGUCCAGUAAUUGGACCCAGUCCUUUUUUUUUGUCAAACUACUUUUUCUAAGGUCAGUAAUAAACCACUAAGAUCAAGCGCUAUGGUCCCUCAAUGAGCCGCAGACACACAGCUCACUUUUGAGAAUUUGAAUCGAUGUUUCUUUCUGCUGGAGAGUUUUAGUGUCCUAGUCCAGGACAACCCCAGUCUUUAUGGACCCCAAAGCAGAACUCAAUGAGUAAUAGAGAUGAGAGGAUGUUUUCCUACCUAGAACAUCUCUCAUGUUCAGAAAAUACUCCAGUAGUUAUAAUGAUUCAUUAUUUUGCCUGUCUAUUCCAGCUCUUAAAGCAGAUUGAUCACAUGAGAUACACAAAUGCACCAAACAUAGUGAUAUAUCAACAAUAAUAACAUUUUGCAUAUGAAUUCCAUUCCAUUGAACAAAUCUCGCUGCAUGGGACAAUGUGGGAAGGUCAGAGAAAUAAAUACUGUUUGUUUGUGUAAUUGUUGAGUAGCUGCUGUUUCUAACGUGCUGUUCUAACUUGGUGUGAUCUAAUAUUAAAGUUGACUCUGCUGAGGGGAGUGCGCCUUCCCUUUAAAAUGUUAAAGGAACUCUGUUUCCUGUCCCAGAUAAGAUAAUAUUUACUUUGCCAGUAACAUUUUAGUACUGUAACAGCAACAAUGUUAUCAUUGGAUGGAUCGUGUCAACUUUAACCAACAUCUAUGUUUAAGUGCUUGUUUAUUAUCACACAAGGGAAACAAGUCUGUCUCUGCAUUUUUUUUCAGUUUUGUAUUUAAAUAGAAAUUCUGAAUAAAGAAAAACA